UUGUGGCUUCUACACUCGGUGAAAUGUCAGACGAAGUGGUGUAGAUGGCAACAGAGACAAAUAAUAUGAAAGAAGUUACAGGACCGAUAUUGCAUGUUAUAGUUGUUGGAUUUCAUCACAAGAAAGGAUGUCAGGUAGAGUACUCCUUCCCACCAUUGAUAGAAGGCUCACCUCCAGACUCUUCCACGUGUCCCCCAGGCUGGAAGUACUUGCCUACUCUGGCACUGCCAGAUGGCUCCCACAAUUUUGAUGAGGACACAGUGUACUUUCAUCUCCCCAGUCUCACCAAUCCAAAGGAGACUGUCUACGGAAUAUCCUGCUUCAGGCAGAUUCCUGUCGAGAGGCUAAAAGCUCGCACAUCGGACAUCACUCGCGGAACCGUACAGAAGUCGGUCUGUGUUCUGAGCCAGCUGCCAUUGUUUGGGCACAUCCAGGUGAAAAUGGCUCUGAUCACACACGCUUACUUUGCGGAAGGGGAUUUCAGCAAAGUGUCGCUGCUGCACGACACCUACCACCAUCUGAAUGGGUGUCUUGCAACCACUCCGCCACUUACCACCAAUCCUCCUCCACCGCAGCUUUUUGUGGGCCUGUCGGCGCGAGACCUGGUGCUGCAGUUCCGGCACAAGGCGCUGCUCCUGUUCAAACUCCUGCUACUGGAGCGCCGCAUCGUCUUCUACCGCUCCCCCGUGCAGCCGCUUUGCACCGCCAUCCUGUCGCUGCUCUCUCUGCACCCUGGCAUGCUGGAGGCGGGUCUCUCAGAGUCUGCCUGUGUCAGGCCAUCGAGACCGAUGUCUCCGAUUCCCGAUUUCUGUGAAGAUGGUGACAGUGUAGAAGAAUCAUUAGCACAAAACGGAGCUCACUUACAGACUCCAGGCGAAGAAGUUAGUUCAGGUUCCUCAACAGUAGCGGGCACUCCCAAGGAGGAGUGUGACAGGGUCUCGCCAUGCACGGAGGAGACCCCUGCAGAGGUGGAUGAGAAUGAGAACAGCCAGAACAGUACGUGGUACGACAGGGAGGGUGAUGCAAAGCUGCCCGUGUCGGACAGUCUGAGCAGCCUGCUGCUGCAGAGGGACCAGGCAGGCAUCCAGGGCAACACGGCGCACAUCGACCAGACGGGUGCUGGCAACGUCGCCGCUGCAGCACACGUCGACUCCCGGCUCUGCGGUACACCCCUACCCGUGUUUACACAGGGUUACUUGUGCCACCCUUACUUGUCUUUGCCGUAUCUGGACCUUCUGAGUGACGUAAAUGUACGGGGAUAUGUGGUGGGUGCCACCAAUGUUCUUUUCAAGCAGAAGAAGCAGCUUGCCGACGUUCUCGUGGAGGUAGAGAGUGCAAAAGUAGAAACGCAGGAACCUGAACUGAGGCGGCUCCUGCACCUGACGACAGAAGACCUGCGAUUUGCAGAUUAUGUUGUGCGACAAGUGUCAGAGGAUCGGCACGAUGUCUUCCUGGAUGGUGUCGGGUGGGAGGGGGGUGACGAGUGGAUACGGGCACAGUUCCGUGCCUACCUACUUUGCCUUCUGCGCACGUCUCUCUUGCAGGAUGGAAGCCGGGAAAUUGAACAUUUUAAUGCAAGUUUCAUGUCAGCAUGGAAAGAUACGCACAAUUAUAAAAUGUGGGUCAGUUCUGACCAUUCUGCUAUAUGGGAUGUGAACCCAGGCCAUCCGUUUGCUGGACAACUUUCAGUUUCAGACAUGAAGCUAAGACUGUCACACACAAUGCAGAACACGGAAGGAGGUCGUAAACUGAAUCAAGCAAUGGCAUCCACUGGGCGCGCUGUGGCGACGACUGGCAGAGCAGUUGGAGGUGCCCUGUCCCAAGCGCGAGGUGCUCUCUCCAGCUGGUGGAGCACACUGACAACUGCCCCUCCGGGUGGCAGCACUGCAGCCAGCUCUGCCUCUGAUGAAGGCGAGGGGAUCUGUGAGGGCAGUACAGGUGCUGUCGACGAGGCUGCAGAUGCCCUGCAGACACCCGGUUCGGCGACUGACAUGCACAGGUCGCCCACAGUAGAGCAGCCAGCGCCCUCCACCACCACUGUUAACUAGUGCCCUGACUGAGGCACUCUAUCUUAAAUCUGAAAAUGGAUGGCCAUUGUGCUACAAAAUGAGUUUUCUUAACUCAGUUAAAUGUCUGUGAUUAUAAUUUAAGCAAAAACUACAAUGAACUAUUCUCCCUGUGUACUUAGUUAAUUGUGGCUCUAUUAUUAUCAAGUUAGGUAGUGUCUGUAAUGAUUGUUUCAUAUAUUUGUUGCACUGAUUUUUAUGGAGUAUGAACUUCAUAGUGUUCUGGGCUUUAAGUACACACUGUGGUGCUGUUUAGAAGAGUGGACAGACUCCAUAUGAUGAAGAGUGUGUGUGUGUGUGUGUGUGUGUGUGUGUGUGCGUGCGUGUGUGUGUGUGUGUGUGUGUGUGUGUGAAUGCAUAACGGUGACUUGAAAGAACACUUGUAUGCAGGAUCUCAUGUGUGGAAUGUCAAAAGUAUUAGUACUGAAAGGCAGAUGGCUUUUUUAUCUUAUUCAUUUUCUUUCAUUGGGUUAUGAGUGGCAGUGCUGUUGUUCGUCUGCACAAAUAAUUCUUGUCAUAUGUAUAAAACUUUUUGAACAUUUAUAAAAUAAAAGUAAUGGAGUGGCAGAGUGCUGAAGGUGUAAGAUUAAUAACUGUUUUUAAGUAUGAAGCUGUUAAUCAAUAAUUUGGGGAGUGUGUAGAUUCUAGAAUGAAACAUUUUUGUAAUAGUUCCCAUCAGUUGGGUACGUUUUAGUGAUUGUUAUAAGUACUGUGCAGGUGUUGGUACCAUACAGCUCACAAUUGUAAGAUUUUAAUGACAACCAGGGAUUUUGUGGGUCCUGCAAAAAUUGUCAGUGGUGUGUUGCUGUUGUGGCAAUACAACAUGAUUUUUUAUUGCUUUUAUCAAAGUGUUUUAUGGCCUGCAUUUAGUGUUGCUCUAAUGCCAGGUACAACUGAAACAAAUGCUGAAAUGGAGAUGCUGUUUGUGCAAAUAGUAGAAUUCAUUCCAAAUCAGAAAGAACUGGGAGAGGUAUUUGGCAUUGUAAAAGGCUGAGCUGACAUACCACUGACUACUAACAACAAAGGACUAUGUUGAACCAUAAAAUGUUUUGUGUAGGAUCAGUUGGAGCAUUGAGAUAUCUCACUCUUCAUUUUUGCAGUGCAGAAUGUAACAAUUCUGAGUAAGCAGCAAAAAAAAUUCAGUUUUCUUCAAGAGUACUGGCUUUCCACAAACAUUUCAUAGGAGGAUAUUUUGAUGUCUUCCUGUGGGUUAUAUCAUUUUUAAUAUUUCCUAUUGCACAUCUUCUACUGCAAGACUUCUCGUUCACCUGAAGUUACUUUUAUUUCAUAAUAGUGGUUGUGUGAUGUGUACCACUGUUCUGCUUAAGAAGAAAGGAUCCAACACUGGACAUAAAAUGUGUAAUUAAGGUAGCUGGAAUACUUGCCAUAUGUAAUUAGUAGUAGACAGCUUUUCAUUGAUGACAUUAUAAAAAAAAUUAAUAACUUUUAAUUGUAUUGUUGUGUUCCUUUCAAGUAUUGGUUCUUUCAGGCCGGAAACAACGGCAGUGCAAUUCAGACAAGCUAUGUAAACAGUGGUCAGGUACACAUUAUUUUAAUUUUUAUAUGUGUAAAUAUGAAAUGCUUUGUUCAUCAAGAGUGCUGUAUGAAAGUUCCUUUAUCAGUACAGAAGAAUAUGUUAAGUUAUUGUCAGAGAAUUGUUUAUUUUAUAGGUUACAGUCUGUUAAAGGUGUCUUUUAACUCUUUGUGGUCCAGUGUCAUGUGUAGACCAAUAUGAUAAAUGGUGAGCUUUGAAGCUGGACUGCAAAGGUUUAUGCAUCCUGUUAAAGUAGAGAAAAUAUUUUUUAUUCUGAUAAGUAUAUUUGCCUGUAUGCCCUGUUGAAAUUUUUUGUGACUUACUACUGUACAGUGUGCUUGAUGUUUCAUUUUUAUUACUUGUAGCAAGCCAGUCAAGAUAUUUGUAUUUCUUAUUGACAAUA